AUGCCUUGCUUUCUGAUUAAAAAAAUUGAUACAGCAAUUCAUUUAUUCAUCAUAAUGAAAUUGAUUUUAAUCACUUUUGGAUUAUUUCCUGUUUCAACUUCACAGAAUAAUUUGAAUUCACUACAAUAUUUUUCAACAAAUUGUUCAAUAUUAUUAGAUGAAACACAAUUUUUACCUAAUUGGACAAAAGAUUCACAUUCACUAACGGAUUUUAAUAAACAACUUAUCAAAUAUCUCAAUUUAAUUUCACCUAAACCAACCACCUGUUUUCUAUGCACUAACAACUCAACGUAUAUUAUUAUUUCUAACAAUUAUGGUAUAUUGAGACAAAUGAACCAGCAUUGUGAACAAAUAAUAAGCCAUGAAGCAUUUAAGAAAAUUAUGGAAUCUAUGAAUUCAUUCGAAGAACAAAUGAUAUCAAUUAGUGAUGAAAAUUAUUUAACAGCUAUUUUUUAUGACCCUACUCUUGUCAAUUAUACAAUCUUCACAAAGAAUUACUGCAUGUCUGAAAAUUUAUCUGAGGUUCGUAAUUUAUUUGGCCAAAUUGACUGUACCAAUACUGCUACCGAUCCCCGUAAUUAUAAAACACCUUUACUUAUGGUACAAUCUGAAAUUAAAUCAAAUAAUAUGUGUUUAUUUUGCUAUUGUAUUCAAAAACAUGCCACAUAUACCAUUCAAAUAAAAAAUAUUACAUUUACAACUGUUCUCCUACUUGUCAAUUACAAACAGUUGUCAAUUGAGGACGUUGAACAUAAACUUCAACAGUUAUUAAAAAUGCCUUCAGUCAAUAUCAUUUCCUUCUGUUUAUUCACUAAUGAGAUAAUGAGAGAAUGGGAAGAAAAUAAUUAUUUACAAAAAAAUAGGAAGAAUGUACCCAUCAAGUAUACGAAAAGACUUUCAGAAACUGAACAGACCAGACAUUCCCGAACAAAACGAUAUUCCGAGUUGACGACAAAUGCUAAGUACUCAAUGAAUUCACAACUUUUACCUCCAAGAAAUUUGCAAAUAGUACCUCUUAAUUUUGGAUCUUUAAAUAUAUCAUGGAUUCCUGCACAAAAAAACGAACAAUUUAUCACACAUUACGAAUUAAUUUUAUUUGGCCUCAAUGAAAAAUCAGAUAAUCUAUUAAGUCAUUGUUUAAGAACACAUACAAUAUAUAAUCAAACUGGACAUAAUGUUUAUUUAGCUCCAUUAUUUUCACAAAAUCGUCAAGUUCUUAUCAAUGUUACAGCUCCAGCAGAUUAUGCAAUAGUUACUGGAUUACCACCAGAUAAUUUUUAUCGUGUACUUUUAUUUGCUGUUGGGAAUUCAAUGAGAAGUUCACCGGCUACAAUGCCAUCAUCUCCACGAGUACCAGCACUUUCACCACAAACUCCACCUGAAAAUAUUAAAAUUACUUCACGGGGAACUCAGAGUGUGAAAAUAUCAUGGAGUCCACCAAGUGAUAUAGAUUGCACUGGAGAACUAAUGAAUUAUGUGAUCAACAUCAACUCUUCUCGUUUAAUAGAGCCUAUAAUUAUUAAAGUUCCACGUUCAAAAAGAAAUUACGUUGUAGAGAAUCUUAUACCUGGAACAUUUUACAGUGUACAAGUUUCUGCAACUACUCGAGGUGGCUUAGGUGUCCCAUCUAAAGCUAUACACUUUCAAACAAGUGGAGAACUUCCAAAGUUAGAUUCAGAUGAAUUAGAAGGCAUAGAAAUUCCUGAAUCUAAAUUGGCAUCAAAUAUUGACAGUCAAAAUGUAGACUUUUUUGAAGACGAAAUAAAAGCUGAUGAUUUGACUGACUCAAUUCGACAAGCUAACAAUCCACCAUUUUAUGUGUUACCUUCAAGGAUCCAUAAUCUACGGGCGACAGCAACUCAAACAUCAAUAAAAUUAAAAUGGUCAGUUGCUUUAAGACAAAUUAAUAUGAAUAGUGAAACACAUUUAUUUGAUGAUGUUGACUAUGAAUAUACAUCAUUAAUUAAUCCAAGACAUUUAAUCCCUGUCCCAAUCAAAAAUGAGAAACAUCAGAAAGAUAUAACUGGUUUGCUACCACCAGGAACAAAACACAUCAUACGUUGGGGUGAUAUGCAUCCCGGUCCAUCCGAGGAUAGUGUAAGAGGUGAUCGAACACAGUAUACAAUUGAAAAUUUAAGACCUGGAACGAUUUAUUACAUUCGAGUUAUAUCUGUUACAGAAGGUGGAGAUGGUCCCGCUGCCUACACUGUUGUAAUGACACAAGACUCUUCAUCAGCAACAAAACCGACAAGUCAAGGUUUACUUAUCCCUGUAAAUUUAGUAGUUCGGCAACUUGGCUCUACAUGGGCACGUGUUGGAUGGGAUAUGCCAAGUGUUCCACAAUCUAUUAAAAUGUCUAUCAGUGGAUUUCAAGUGAAGUAUUAUUCAGUGAAGGCAAACACAGACCAAGAAGAAGAAGAAGAAGGACAGGAAAAUGAAAUAGAAAUUACAAAUUAUAUCACUGAACAAUUCGCAACAAAAAAUGUUGACGAAAAAAAACAUGAAUUAAAAUUAAUCAAUAUGACCUUAACAUCAAACCAAAUUCAUGACGAACACUUUGACAUUAUUCUUCGCGAUUUGGAACCUGCUACGCAGUAUGAAUUUGGUGUUCGAGUGUUACAUAAUGAAGUGAUAUUUGAAGAAAAUGAUCCAAACGAUAAUGUUAGAACAGUGAAAACAUAUUUCUGGAGUAUGGUUCAAGGAUUUGAAACUUUGGUAAAACUAUUAGCAAUAAUCAACGGAUUGGGUGUUACUCUUAAAGAACAACUGAUCGUUUACCAUUUUAUCUUAAUUCGUGCUGACGAUGCUUGUGAGAACGAUAAUGAAAGGCUGGUGAACAAGUCCAAAGGAUGCACCGACAAAUAUUCGACUAUCCAAAUAAGGUUAACUAACAAAUUGCAUACAAAACUUCAAUUGUUAGAUUUCUCAACUAUACAAACUUCCUCAGAUGCACUGAAUAAUGAUAUCAUACAUGAUCAAAACAAUGAUAAUAGUAAUGAUAAUAAUAAGCCUAGUUCACAUUUCCUAGUCACAAUGUUUAUUAAAUGGGAUCCACCAACUUAUCCAAAUGGAAGAAUACUUGCAUCUGCCCUAUAUCUUACUACAAAUAUGAAACAAUCUACAAGAAAAUGGACAGAAAGAUCAGUCAAUGGUGGAAGUACAGAAGCAGGUUUACUAAGGUUAAAACCAAGUACACUAUAUUUUGUGAAAAUCACUUCAAGAAAUCAACAUGGCCGAUCACCAUCUUCAAAUAUCAUUGCUUUCUAUACACCGAAUGCCGAUGGAUCUGGUGGUGGAAUCAUUCAAUUUACAAAAGAUUAUUAUAAUUUAAAUGAUAUUCAUGAAACAUUCGAUAAAAUUCAACCAUUUCCUAAUGAAAAUGAAUUAAAUAAAUUAAUAAGAACAAAUGAUCCUAUUUAUACAACUACUACUAAAUUAAUUGAUAUUGAAAAUAUACACUGGAUUAUAUUGGGUGGUGCAAUUGGUUGUGCAUUAGUCAUUAUGAUUAUUAUUACUUUAGCAUUAUUAAUUCGUUGUCGAAAAAUAAAAUUCACUACAAAUUUAACUAAAAGGGUAUCAGAUAAGUCAACAUAUAAUACAUCGUAUUCAGAACAUCAACAUGAAACAACCAUACAUCGACAUGAUUGCUUACAAAAGAAUCCAUCAUUUAAUCUGAAUGAUAUUUGUCUUAAUGCAAAUAUACUCGGUAGUUGUAGCCCGACAGAAACUAUAGCUGCUGGUUCCAAUUCCGGUUCAAUUGGUGUUCGCACAGGCCAUUCACUAACCAAUGACCAGUUCAAUCAAAAUGUACGAAUGAAUAUCUAUCCAUCACAUCAUUCUAAUUGUAUACAUUCUGAUUGUAGCGUAAAAAAGAUCAAUGAAACAGUACCAUUGUUAACCAGCAGUCAUUGUAAUUGUGGUGUGUCGAUUGAUACAUCAGCGCCAACACCAUCGGGACCAAUUAACUGGAUACCUAAUGUUGGAGCAUUCAAUAUUGGUAUAUCUGGUGGAGGGUGUUUUGAAGAUCGGCAUUCAACAUCAGUCGAAAGUGAUACCGAUGCUAAUAACUCAAUGAAAUUAUUAAAUAAUUGUCAAGAAAGUGGUAGAAAUUGGCAAAAUGAUAUGAACUGUGGUAAAUUUAAGUUGAAUAAACAGUUGUCGGCUGACAUGCAUGAGCGUAAUAUAGAGUCAUUGAAUGGUAAUAUUAGUGCAUCACGUGACAUGACAUUAUCUUAUCUUGGAUCAAGUGUUCAAAAUUCAAUUAAUUGUCAUGCACCUUAUUGUCAACAAUCACAAUUAAAAAAUAUGGGGAAUCGUAGUCCAUUCAAACCUCCUGGCACUGUAAUUAAUCCACCUAAUUUACAAAUGACAUGUUGUACAAAUAAUAAUAAUAAUAAUAAUAAUCCUCAUAUUAAUUUUAAUCGUUCACGUGAUUUUCGAAGUAAUCAAUUAAAUAAAAUGAUUGGAGACAAUGGAUGUACUGGAAGUGGUAGUCUUACAGAUGAAGUGACUGCGUCUUCACCAGGAAGUAGUGCUACUGGACGUACACAUGGUUAUUUAAAUCAAAUCUCUUCUUCACCAACAAAUACAAGUUUAAAUUUCAAAAAAUAUAACAGAGUUAUUGGAAAAUAUGAAGAUGAAGAAGAUAAUAAUGAUGAGUUAAAUAUUAAUCGUGAUAUAGGUUUUAGAAAUUAUGGAAGUAAACAUAAUGGACAUGGAACACAUCAAAAGUUGUCUGUAAAUACAUCUGUUGAUCAACAAAGUUUAUCACCAUUACCCCCAAGGAAGUACAGCAAUAAUAAAAAUCAAAUUCUAUCGGAUAGUCAAGGUGAAAGAUGUCAAACUCAUGGAACAGGUAUAUCAACUCGAAAUAAUGCUCUGAGUUCCGACUAUGCUUCACAACAAAGUAGCUUAAGCAAUAAGUCAAGUGAAUCAAGUGCGACAAAUCAUGGUUUUUCACCGGAAAAACAUGUAAACUAUCCAAAUAAAGUAAAACUGAUAGAUAUGAAUACAAAUGUACAUAAUGUUGAUGCAUCAUUUGUAUUAGAUCGUGUACCGACACCGGAACCGCAACAUCGAUCAGGACAAUUUGCAAGACUAAUGCAAUAUAAUUUGUCCGAUCAACCGAUUAAUCGAUUACAAAUACUUAAUUUAACUGAUGAUGAUUAUUUAUCGGAUAAAAUAGAAAUUAAAAAUAAAAUUAUUCAGUCACCGACAAUUAUGAAAAGAAUGACAACAACUACAACAACAACACCAACUAAUACUCUUUCUUCAAACACUAUUACUUAUACUACUGUACAGAAUGUAUUUUCAACAAAAUCAAAUUAUGAUUUAGAACUUAAUAAACAUGAUAGAACUCCAGAUACACCAGAUAGCAUUUCUGAACAGGAAAUGAUGAAAGGUUUCAGUACAGAAGAAUUAAAUCAAGAAAUGGCUAAUCUAGAAGGAUUAAUGAAAAAUUUAUCAGAAAUUACACAGAAUGAAUUUACAUGUUAA